CCAUCCCCCAGGGUUUUCACUCCCUCUACGCUCGCUCACCCUCACGCUCUUUGCUUCUGCAUAUUCGCCACGCCGGCUCAGCGCGCAUUUGUCGGUACUAUAUCACAGCAACCGAAUAGCAAAAAUGUUUUCCUCUCUCUUGACGUUCGCGCUCCUCUCCCUCGCCCUGCCUUAUACCACCCUCGCCUCCUCCCACCAUGGCUCCGCCCACCGUCGCCACGACGCUAUCGCUCAUGCCAUUCAUAACACCACCGAGGCUGUCGAGGAGAAUGUGACCACUCUCCAUCGUCGUGGCCAGACCUACACUAACGCCCGGCUGACCUACUACGACGUCGGCCUGGGCGCGUGCGGAAAGACCAAUGUCCCCAGCGACUUCAUCGUCGCCUUGAACAGUCCUAUGUAUGGUGGCGGCUAUCCUGGUCCCAAUUGCUUCAGGCCCAUUGAGAUCUCUUACGGCGGCAAGACCGUUCAUGCCACCAUCAUGGACGAGUGUCCUGGCUGCCCGGGCAACGGCGGUCUUGAUCUCUCCGAGGGUCUCUUCCAGGCUCUGGCUCCCCUCGAUGUGGGUGUCCUGUACGCCACCUGGUGGUUCACCGAUGAGGGCGGUAACGGCGGCGGCGACGACACGACCACGACGACGCACACCCCCACCACAACUCAUCACACCACGACGACCUACUGGACCCCGACGUCGACCUGGUCGCCGCCUCCGCCUCCGCCGCCGACCACGACGAGCACUCACUCGAGCACUCACUCGACCACGUCCACGCACAGCACCAGCAGCACCCACUCGACUUCGACUUCGAUAUCGACUUCGUCCAAGCCGACCUCGACGAGCCACUCCACGACCUCGUUCUCCUCGUCUGCUACCCCGUCCUCGUCUUCGGCUGCUCCCACUGCCACCCAGGUGGGCUCCAUCGAGAAGCUCAACCAGGCGUUCGUCGGCAUCGUCGACCUCAUGUUGGGCGCCGCUCAGGCCGCCGCUUAAGACGGCCUCGCACGCGUUAGCCCUCGCGAGCGUCCUCUUCGGCGCGCAUCGUGCGAGCGUGAUGCGGCCGCUGGACUUGCGCAGCUCGUUUGACGCUGCAAAGAACAUCUAUGUCCCAUAUACCCCAUUUUCUCGGACUGGUUCGAGUCUCCCCACACAUCCUAACCUACGCUUCUUAGUUAUCUCCCUUUCCGUCUGUCCCUCUUCCUUCUGCUCCUCUGCUCACUGGUGUGCUUUAGCAUGUGCGUAGUGUAUGGAGUUGUGGCGGAUCAUUAACAUAGCAGCUUGUCACAUUUCUCCCGGUCGCGGACAGUGUGCAACUAGUAUCCUUGCUACAGUAUCCACUGCUACGCUGUACCCGGUGCAUAGCACAGUCUAACGGAGGGCUGUUGUUUGCGUUCGUAUGCGGCUGCCG